UUAAACGAAACGAAAAGUUGAAUACUUGAGGGUAUUUUAGUUUUAUAGACAAUGUCCAAGCGCAAUAAGGAAGGAGAUGAGAUCCUGCGUAAGAAGAAUGCCAAGUUGCGCUUUAAGAGAUUAGUUCGCGUGGGCUUGGCCAACAAUUUAUGGAUAAACGAAGUGGAAGAGGGUGGUAUUACAUUAAAUGUUAAGAAAAAUGUGGCAAUGUUGGUGCGAAAGAAACACAAGACUGGCAUUUUGACCAUGGCUCAAAAAGGAUUGUUAGCUUCAUCGCACAACAGUCGCACCAUUGAAGAGAGAAAGAAACUUUGUAUAAUCGUUGCAGGUCUUGGCUGUUUUACACAAGUUCCACCGAAAAUUCGGGCUCGUUUGGUGCCGCAUCUUCAUUUUUUGCAGCUUGGUGCGGGUCGUGUCCUUAUGAAGGAGGGAGAUGUUCCUACCUGCGUUUAUUUUGUAGUUAGCGGUGAAAUCGAAAUGUCCAGGAAGAUAUUGAAUAAGGUUACACGAAAAUAUGAAUCGAAGCCUGAAGCCUUCUGUGGACCAGGUGAUUGGAUCGGUGAGGUUGAACUCUUGGAGGAUGAUUUAAGAAUGAAUACAUAUAAGGCACAAACUAAUUGUGAGAUUCUGGUACUGGAUGAUAUCGAUUUCAGGACAAUUCUAAUGCCACACGUUAAGAAAGUUUGGAUUGAGAAAAAGAAAGCAAUUGCAUCAUUGAGCUAUUUGAAAUUCAUGAAUGAAUCGCAGAUUGUAAGUGCCUGUAAGUUUGGACUUAUUCGACAGUACGAUCCAUUAGAUACAAUCUAUCCGGAGGAAAAGGACAGCAUUCUUCAUGCACAUUUUGUAUUGAGCGGUGAAUGCGUUCUUCUGCAAUGUCUUCAUAUGAAGCUGAGCUUUGUGAAGGGUGAAGUACAGUAUGAACUACCCCAAGUUAUUCAGUCCGACAGUGAUAAUGAUGAAGAUGAUGGUAAACCGGAACCAUUCGAUGUUCGAGAAUUAUUGCGUUCAAGCUCAUCACUGGAUGAAAUGGGACACAAUAAAAAGAAAGCGAAACGCAAGGCGGAAUUUGCUAAAAUCGAAGCACAUUGCAAGUUUCUGAAUCAGAAACCCAAACCUGAAGUUGAAGAAACGCAGCCAAUGCAUUAUCGUAAUCGUCGAUCGAUGAUGAAAUCGAUUAUAAAAGUUGUUAGAGACGAAAAGAGUAUCGAGAAAUUCCAACUAUUUGAAGAUUAUGAUGAAAGUCUAUCUGAUGAUGAUGAUUUCGCCUCUAUGCGUGAUCUAAGAGAACGUAAUACCCUACAACGUCGAUCAAGUAGAGGAAGUAAAAUUAGUCAAAUCAGUCAGACUAGUCAAAACAACGAUAGAGAAAACAUUUCGAUGCCUCGCAAAUUGUCAAGCAAAUCCAGUCAAUUUAAAACUUUAGAAGUUGAAUCGGAAGAAUCGGAAAUAUUUACAGCUUCUUCGACUCCCAGCAGUGUCACAUCAACGAUAAAGUCAUCGAGUAAGCAGCUGGAUGAUGCAAACUAUGCCACACACUUUAUCGACGUUGGCUCCAUGUGCUUCGGUGGCCUUUUCGGGGUUGGCGAGAAGUGCGAUCAUCGUGUUGUCAUGGCUCGAACGACAGUGCAGUGUUUGUUAAUUCCACGAUAUUGGCUUAUGGAGGAUGACCAAAAUCCUGGACAUAUUUGGCAGCGAAUGCGUUUCUACUUGGACCGUUGUAUACCCUCACGAGAGACACUCUUCCAAGACUUUAUCAAGACCCGCAAAUGGGCGCAGUUCAAGGAAGACUGUGUUGAGCAAUUCACACAUUCAAUGACAAAUCCUACCAAAAUCGAGGAUAUACCCAUCAUAAUUCGUAUAGUUAAGUCAAAGGGAUCAUCGCAUGACAUACACCAUUAAAUUUUAAUACUAAAUUUUAUAUUAUUAUACUUUAUGAUAAAUAAUAUUU